AUGCAUGGUGGCUAUUGGACCAGAAGAGACGAUGCCGCCAAGAAGCCGCAUAUCAUGCUUGCCGUGAAGCACAAUGUGGCCGGAGAUGAAAGGCUUCUGAAGGGAGACGUCCUUGUGAUUCUAGCUGCCCUCAAGACUCGUAUGGAGUGGGCCAAGCUACAGAAACAUAUAAUUAUCCCCAUCAUGCUCUUCUCCUUUAUGGGUCAUCAUGUAAAGAUUAUCGAGGGCUAUCAUGAUGGCGAUCGUCCGCCAAAGCCCUUUGUUCGAGUUUGA